CUAGUAAGCUGCUUGUGUUCCGGUAACUGGAAUGUGAGAGUUGGUGCUGCUUUGUAGAGGUGAUAAAACUGAUAGAAAUCCAGUCACUACUGGUACAAACACACUUGGAAAAUCAAUCUAGAUAUCACGUACAGCAGAGCCAGAGACAUCAAGUGAAACAGUACCUGAUGCUUGAUACCAAACUUUCCAGCCAGACACUCUCACUGUCCCAUUCGCAUACAGCCCAGCCUGCAGGAGUUGCGCCUGUACUAAGAAAUGGACACAUGCCUCCUGUCAGUGAUAUUGGUGAUCCGGAAAGUCCAGUUUCCAAGUUAUUGCCUCUUGGAGAAGAACAUGAGAAUGCGAUGGAGGAGGUUAUUGAUGACAUAAUCAAUAUGGAAUCACGUUUUAAUGAUGAAGGGAUAGGUUGCUCCGAAGCUCCCCUACUAAUGCAAAGAACUCUGUCUAAUAACAUUUUGGAUAUAUACAACAGUGACCAGGGAAUAUCACCUGCUAAUAUGGGUCUUACAAGUGCUUCCUGCCCAGCUAUCCUACCAGUAAAAAGGGAAAUCACAGAAGCAGAUACACGAGCAAUGGCAAAGGAGAGACAAAAAAAGGAUAACCACAACCUCAUUGAAAGAAGAAGAAGGUAUAAUAUUAAUUACCGAAUCAAGGAGCUUGGCACGCUUAUUCCGAAGUCCAACGAUCCUGAUAUGCGCUGGAACAAAGGAACUAUUUUAAAAGCAUCAGUGGAGUACAUCAAGUGGCUACAAAAAGAACAACAGAGAGCCAGAGAAUUAGAACACAGACAGAAGAAAUUAGAGCAGGCUAACAGAAGACUUCUACUUCGAAUUCAGGAACUAGAAAUCCAGGCUCGUGCUCAUGGUCUGCCAGUCAUGUCUUCACUCGCUGCUGUGGAUUUAGCUGCCCAAGUCAUCAAGCAACAGACAUAUCCAGAAAAGAAUGUCUUAGACUAUUCUCAGCAAAUGGCUCUGACUCAUGGACCUAGUUCUGACAUUUGUGAUGGAUCGAUAGCCUUUUCCGAUCCACUUUCGCACUUCACAGAUCUAUCUUUUAGUGCCGCUUUAAAAGAAGAACAAAGGUUAGAGGAAAUUUUACUUGAUGACACAAUAUCGCCAUUUGGAACAGAUCCACUCUUGUCUUCCGCAUCACCUGCUGCAUCAAAAGAGAGUAGUCGGAGGAGUAGCUUUAGUACCGAUGAUGGAGAUGAUUUGUAGAACUAGAUAGGCCCUGACGAUAUUUUUUUAAUCAUUUGCUGGUGCUAAAAAUUUGUGUUAUGAAUUUAAGUUUGAUGUUGGUGCUUACUUUAAAUAAGAAAACAAAAAACUGUUGUGGUGGUGAACUGUUGUGUGGGUAGGGCUUAGCUGAGGCAAACUUCAUAGAACAAUAGAGCUGUAUCUCCUUAUCCUGGAACUAACUACAGAUCCUUCUUUAUUUACCAGAAAGAGUUUUUUUUUUCCAUCUUUUCUUCUAUUCUCACAGAAGUAUUAAAAUAGUUCCCACAAAACCAUGUCACAAAAUUAUAUUCAAAUACACUGUUGAAUCUAGUACUCAUUUCUCCCAAAUUUAUUCAAGAAUUUUAGUUGUAAGCAUUUAUUAAUUUCUUUUUAAGUGAAAAAUAGAAAAUUUGAAUAAAAGCAAUGGCUAUGUAACAUGAACUGCAAUGGGGAAAUGUUUGAAUGGGAUCUACCUACAAUAGAGAUGUUAAAAUCAUUACAAAAGGUGGGAGACUAAUGCUGCAUGAACUGCAGGCACUUCUUUUUAAAAUAAAACCACAAAGUUCAUGAAGUUGUUUUUUGAA